AAAAAGGGACUGUCAGUAGUCAAACGAAGACUGCGUUUUUAAGACUUGUCUUUGGGACCUACUGAGUUAGUCGAUUCAACGUGGACCACGAGUGAGACAUUCGUAUCUUUCAUUCCUUCAUCAAGCCAGCGGACCUUGCAUCCGCCAAGGUACAGUUUCCCCUUUGCUACACCAUCUUGUUUUCGACGAGGACACUUCUUAAGUACUCACAGAGCUCCUACCUUGAUUGACCGACAGUGCAGAUUAUCAUCAUGACUAACUACAUUCUAUUCAUCGGCCUCAUGAUCGCCAUGUUUGCUAUCUUAGCAACGAGCUCAGACGAGGCUGCCAUCAACGACGGGAUGGAGACACCAGAGGAUGCUGAAGCGCUCAACAACUUUCUUCACGGUCUCCUGCAGGCAAGAGUAGACCGCUCAUGGCGUAAGCCAUGCGAUGGCAACUCAUGCUUCCAGUCUGCAGGGGGACGAGGUUGGAAGAGGAAUCGCGCUCCGUUCAGUUUGGAUGGUUUCAAGUGCAUCGGUGCUGGGUGCGAAAGAGGCUGGAAACGGACCUCCGAGAGGAAGCGUUAAAUGCCGAUUAAUGAGGCGGAGACUAGACUACUCCAGUGAACAUAUAAAUUGCUUUAGAAAAUGACACUUGGCAACUACAAUCGAUUCAACUUUAUAAUCAAUCAUAGUUUUCAUAUCAUUAUUAAACAAGUUUAAUUUACAAAGAAAAAUCAACAAGCUUUCAUCCUAUUUUAUAUAAACGCCUCCUUCAAAUAUCUUUUCCAAAAUCACCUACAUGCUGUUAUUGUUUGGCAUAACAGUAAUUAAUUCUGUUUCAAUAAAGUGAAAUAGCAAAUAACAAUAAUCGUGCUAAUUAAAGUUUAUGCUACCUGACUAAAUAACAAAAUAGUCAACAGUUUGCAGAUUGUGAUCCAUUUUCCAGUAGAUUCCAACAAACGCAAAGCAAGGAAGCUUUGAUGCAAUGUAAGCCUUCAACAACCUUGAUUUAAUUACACACAGGCACUUCAUUGACAAAAUGUGAGCCAAAGCCGGAGAAUGAGGAAGGCAGAGUAACAGCAACAAACUGAAAGAUGGAGAAUGGAUUCGAAGAGUUUAACAUGUCUUUGGUGAUUUCUUAGAUGGCACUUCUUAAAACCACACACCUUUUAUAAGGAGUAAAAGAAAAUCCAACUGUAUACAUUUAAGUCUAUACAUUUUGGAAGGUUUCUGGUAAUUCUCAUCAAUAUAAAUGAAUUACUACGUAAUAUUUUGUUCAGUGGCAUCCUCUUUAUUCAAACACAAAACAAAUGAAGUUUGCUUGUUACUAUAAAUAUCAAUAACGCAUCCAAGAAGCCGGCAUUGAUAAAAACUAAUGGUAAUUUCGUUGGAUGUUUGUUAGUUAUUCUCGGGCAUUUUUAUGAAGUGUCGGAUUACACCAUCCAAGAUGUGCACUUGCAGCUAAUCUUUAAACGCUCAAGCUCAAAACCUGCAAUACAACUUUCCACGUCCUGUCAUUUAACAACCAUUUCUCGUCAGUCUUUUUCCCAAGAUGCAAAUUCCCAAAUCAGAUUCGCAAAGGGUACCGUCAUAAUAAUAUCUUUACACUCCGACCAGGGAUGACAUAGACAGGGAACUCUCGGGACCUUUCGUUUUUAUCGAAAGUGUUUUUCGGGGGCAAAAUUUGUAGACAUUUGAAGAAGCUCUUGCUAACAAUCAAAACGCCUUCAGCUACACGUGUACCGGUACUUAGUGAUAACUAGGGGAAUCAGUAUAUAGCGAUAUUACCAGUAAUAAACAUUAUGAAAUACAA